GGCCCCGCUGCCGAACUCGCCGUGCGUGCUCUGCUCCUUCCCACUCUGUUCCAUCCCUCCCUCCCGGCGGUAGAACCGAGACCCACAGCCGGCGGCCGUGAGCCACGACCGAUCCAAUCCACCCACGGUGGAGCCAGCAGCAUUGCGUUCCUCGGGUCGGGGUUUGUCAGAGUUCUCGCGGAUGGGGCCGGCGCCGCGGGAGGUGGUGGUGAUCAGCAGCUCCGACGAGGAGGAGGAGGUGCUCUCCGGUAGGUCGGCUCGCUCGCCCGUCCCCCUGGGAUGGGCCGCGAAGCUCGGGGACUCGGCGGUGCCAGCACCGCGGAGGCAUAAAGGUAGGUCCCGUGCCGUUCGCGCCGGCAACGACGGCGACUGCGAGGGUGAUGACUGCGUAGUUCUGGACGGCGACCCGGAUAAGCCGGUUGCGGUUGCGGGUGCGAAGGGGAGGAGUAGGGGGGAUGGCCUGCCGGGCGAGGUGGAGAUCGUUGCGGUGAAAGGCGAGAUAGCAUGCAAGGACUUCCCUCACUUGCGCCAUUCAUGUUCCGAGUUGCCCUUCAGCACCACUUCUCACACAAAGCAUUGCAGCAUGUGCUACUGUUUUGUAUGUGAUGCUCCAGCUCCAUGCAAGUACUGGGGCAAAGGGCUCUUGAAUGAUGAUCAUUGCCAUGCCACUGACAAGGAAACAAAGUGGAAAAUACUGAGGCAGGCAUUUAAGUGCAAAAGUGUGCCAGCAUCUUAUCCGGAGGAACGCCUGAAUGUUGUGUACCAAACAACGCCAUCCCCAAGACAGCAGGAAUAUUACGAGGAAUACACACCAGAGGGGUACUCCGAGACGGACGAGGAGGCCACGGUGUGCAUUGGGAACCUACCGUAUGACAUUGACGAGAAGGACCUUGUCCUGCUCUUCAAGGAUGUCGGCAUUGUCGUGUUCUCUGAGAUCAUUUAUGACAGGGAAACAGGCGAGAGCCGUGGAUAUGGGUUUGUCACCAUGAGUACUGCUGAGGAGGCCAAGAAGGCUGUGGAGAUGUACAAUCGCCGUGAGAUGGACGGCAGGCCCCUGACUGUGUACAAGACAGCUGCUACCAGAGGUGCCCGGACAGAAGAAACACCGUCCCCCCAUCCCAGUCGACCAGUAUCUUCUUCGUUCAAGAUCUAUGUGGACAAUCUUCCCUGGAAAGUGAGCAACUCUAACCUAAAGCAGCUGUUCAGUGACUAUGGUGAAGUGGUCGGUGCUAAAGUUGUUUACCACCGCGGAAGAGAAGCCGGGCGCUCCCCGUUCGGUUUCGUCGCGAUGGCGACGCGGCAGGAAUCGGAGAAUGCCAUUUGGCACCUUAACAAGCAGGUUUGGUGGGGCCGCAAACUGCGAGUGCGAGUCGCAAGAGAGGAAGAGAGGAAGGUGAAAGUGGUCUAGAUUCAGAGCCUCCAUCAGCUUUCUUGCCAUGCUUCUCUUUUUGCAUUCACUGUUACUACCCCUGUAACAGACGAGUAGAAAUAAUAAGCAAUUAGGCUUGGUUUCAGACGAUUGGUAUUUCAAAAAAUAUCUGUAAUUUUAAUCAUCUUGGUUGCUGUAUUCACUGCUAAAACAAAGUCCGCUACCUGUCCUUGCGUAAAUCCGCCGGUGAGGGCUUGGAAUAAUUUUUCUCAUUGCCUCAUCUGGCUG